AAGGUCCGCUGGCUGAAGAACGGGCGACGGGCAACGGAGGGGGUCUUCUAUGGGGAGGAGCUGCACAACGGCGACUGGACGUACCAGACCCAGGUGAUGCUGGAGGACACCCCCCAGCGUGGAGACGUCUACGCCUGCCAGGUGGAGCACGCCAGCCUGGAGACGCCCAUCACCGUGCAGUGGGAGCCGCGGACUUCCGAGUUGGCCAGGAGCAAAGUGUGGACGGGGGUCAUGGGGGCCCUGCUGGGUGUGGUCUACCUGGCUGUGGGGCUCUCCCUCUACCUGAGGAGCAAGAAAGCGUCUGCCAUCCAGCAGCCUCCAGUGCUCAUCGGCUAGUCCUCCAAGGCCAGGCAAAGCAGAAGACACCCAAAUACUUCCUGCUGGAGCUCCGCUUUUCUGUGCUGUCCUUGGGAGAUGCGAAGGCGAAGGGGCUGGAAGCUGCGGAUCGGAACGAGGAGGAGAAGCUCAGCUGAAGCCGCUCCCGCAAGGACCAGCUGGACAUUCACUGAUUUUCUGCCUGCUUUUGCUUCGGUGGGCAGGGGGUGGUGGAGUGGGACUCAUCCUGCCAGCGCCCAGAAAACGCCUGCCCAUAUUCCGUGGUCUGUGGCUCAAGGGCCAGACUUUUUCUCUUGGUUGGGCCUCAUCCUGUGGAGGCCCAGGUUUCUGGUUAAGGGCUGAGAGAGGACCCGUUCCCUCCUCACCCGCACCGCUGUCCCUCCUGACGGGGACAGCGCUGAGUUGCUCCUGGCCAGCUUCCGCGUUCCCCAGAAUAUCUUCAAUUCCAGGGCUUGCAAUUCUGAAAGCUUCAGUCACACUUGCAGGCUGGCUUUGCACUCAUUGAAUGGAGAUAUAAUAAAUUCUGUUCUUGCUGGAA